AUGCCCAAGAAGCUGUUGCUGCUGCCCCCGCUGUCCGUGUCCUCAGCCUUCCGCGCCCCGCGAGUCACCCUCGCCGCACGCCAGGCCAUGAACGCCGCCCGCACCGGCUACCGAGUGUUCUCGGCCAACUCCACGGCCGCUUGCACCGAGCUGGCCAAGCGCAUCACCGAGCGUCUUGGUGCUGAGUUGGGGAAGUCUGUGGUAUAUCAAGAGACCAAUGGAGAAACAAGAGUUGAAAUAAAAGAAUCUGUUCGUGGCCAAGAUAUUUUCAUUAUACAGACCAUACCCAGGGACGUGAACACGGCGGUGAUGGAGUUGCUGAUCAUGGCCUACGCGCUGAAGACGGCCUGUGCCAGGAACAUCAUCGGGGUCAUCCCCUACUUCCCCUACAGCAAGCAGAGCAAGAUGCGGAAGCGGGGCUCCAUCGUGUGCAAGCUGCUGGCGUCCAUGCUGGCAAAAGCGGGUUUGACUCACAUUAUCACUAUGGAUCUCCAUCAGAAGGAAAUUCAAGGCUUUUUCAGCUUUCCUGUGGACAACCUCAGAGCCUCCCCUUUCCUGCUUCAGUACAUCCAGGAGGAAAUUCCAAACUACAGAAACGCAGUCAUUGUGGCUAAGUCUCCUGAUGCUGCAAAAAGGGCCCAGUCGUACGCCGAGCGGCUCCGCCUGGGCUUGGCUGUCAUCCACGGGGAGGCUCAGUGUGCGGAGCUGGACAUGGACGACGGCCGCCACUCGCCCCCGAUGGUCAAAAACGCCACUGUGCACCCUGGCCUGGAGCUGCCACUGAUGAUGGCCAAGGAGAAGCCGCCCAUCACGGUGGUCGGGGACGUCGGCGGGAGCAUCGCGAUCAUAGUGGACGACAUCAUCGACGACGUGGAGAGUUUCGUGGCCGCCGCAGAGAUCCUGAAGGAGAGGGGCGCUUACAAGAUCUACGUCAUGGCCACGCACGGCAUCCUGUCUGCGGAGGCCCCCCGCCUCAUCGAGGAGUCCUCCAUCGACGAGGUGGUGGUGACCAACACCGUCCCCCACGAGGUGCAGAAGCUGCAGUGCCCCAAGAUAAAGACGGUGGACAUCAGCCUGAUUCUGUCUGAGGCGAUCCGCAGAAUCCACAACGGGGAGUCCAUGGCGUACCUCUUCCGGAACAUCACCGUGGACGACUAGCUGCGCGGCGGCCCUGGCCCCGGAGGCCGCGGAGCUGCGGCGGAGCCUGGGCCGCUGGCUGUGCGCGCCGGCACGGGUCCUUCGGGCUCUUGCGUGCGUCUGGCGCGCAGGAGGCGUGCAGGUGGUCACGAGGGAGACCCGGCUCAUGGAUCACUGGCCUUAACCAUGUGCCCUUGUCCUCCUGCCCCUUAGGGAACAGUCACAGGCACCUUCC